AUGAUCUGUUUGGUUACACACAAGGGGGUGUGUUUCAUUCGCGCAGACUUCAGCCGUUAGUAAGUGGUUCCAGUCUUCGCAUACAGCAGUAGAGUGGAAGCACAAACACAAUGGCAACGGGUAAUGAUCAGACAACUGCAGCCUGCAGUACUAUAAAAGGGCACUUCGCAGCAAUUGUUUUAGCGAGAGGCGGCAGUAAAGGCAUCCCACUGAAGAACAUUAAAGAACUAGCUGGUGUUCCUCUUAUUGGCUGGGUACUCAGAGCCGCUAUAGACUCCGGGGCAUUUGACAGUGUAUGGGUGUCAACAGAUCAUUCUGAGAUUGCAAAAGUAGCUGAAAAUUUUGGAGCGUCUGUCCAUUAUAGGAGUCCUGAAGUUUCAACGGAUAAUGCAAGUUCUUUGGAAACCAUUCAAGAAUUUUUGAGAAAACAUCCAGAGGUUCAAAUCGUUGGAAAUAUACAGGCAACUUCUCCCUGCCUUCAUCCUGAAGACAUUCGUAAAGUAGCAAAGAUGAUUAGGGAAGAUGGCUACGAAUGUGUCUUCGCAGUAGCGCGACAGCACAAAUUCCGUUGGAGUGAGAUUGAGCAACAAGGUGAGGAAACUAAACCUUUUAAUCUCAAUCCCUACAAACGUCCACGUAGGCAAGACUGGAAGGGUGAACUGUAUGAGAACGGAUCGUUUUAUUUUGCUACAAGGAGAAUAAUUAUGGAGGAAAAUUGCCUCCAGGCAGGUAGAAUGACCUACUACGAGAUGAAACCUGAGCACAGUGUAGACAUUGAUGUAGACAUUGAUUGGCCUGUGGCAGAGCAGAGAGUACUCAGGUAUGGCUAUUUUGGAAAAGAGAAGAUAGAGGAAGUUAAGCUAUUUGUUUGCAGUAUUGAUGGAUGUCUGACAAAUGGACAGAUGUACUUGUCAAAUAAAGGAGAAGAAUUUGUUGCUUACAAUAUGAAAGAUUGUGAAGGUAUCAAGAGGUUGCAAAAACAAGGAAUUAUUGUCCUGCUGUUUUCUUGCAGAGACAGUGAAAUACAUAAGCUUCAAGCUCAUAAAAUGGGAUGUAAAAUCUUAGUCUCUUCUGAAGAUAAGGUGCACACUUUAGAAGGAAAGCUGAAUGAAGAAAAACUAACCUGGAAACAAGUUGCUUACAUUGGGAAUGAAGAAUCGGAUGUGGCAUGUCUCACCAAGGCUCGAAUAAAGGGUGUCCCAAAGGAUGCAUGUGCAGAAGCUCUCAAAACAUCUAGCUACAUUUGUAAAAAUAAUGGUGGUUAUGGAGCUGUCCGUGAAUUUGUUGAAUAUGUUCUACUGAUGCUACAAGUGGCCAAAGCUCAGAGCAGCCAGAAAACUGUGUAACAUGUUGUGCUAUAUUGUGUAGCAUAUAUGCUCAGGUGAACAAUGAAUUUUGCAAAAGCUGCAGAGUAGACAUAUUCUAGCCUCAAAGAGCAGUAAGUGGGGCCUGAUGUAUGCAAAAAUAUUUAUUAAUUAAUUAUGUUUGCAAAAUUGUUCAUUAACAGAACACUAGUAAAUUAAUGAAAAAUUCCAACUUUAAAUUAAUCUUUUUCCUAACAACUUGAGAAUGCUCUGAGACUGAAAAAAUUAAAGAGGUUCUGUAGUUUAAAAUCAGCAUUUCUACAUCAGGAAAUUUUUCAUGGACCUUGGUUAGCUGGAGGACAGCCCUCUUCCUCCUCAACAUCACUUGCUGAUGCCUUUCCUGCCUCCUGUUUUAAAGUCCACUUGUGUAUAUUUGUUCAUUUCCUUUUAGAUACUCCUGAUGUAGUCCUGUAACUUUUACUCAUCUUUAUGUACUUUUACCUAUUUUAAAAUGAAAUACCAUGUUAAUAGUUUAA